ACGUCAGAUGUAAACCCGGGACAAGAUGGCGGCUGCCGGAGGAGAGCCCUCAGCUCCGAGCUCCUCGGAUGAUUUAUUUCAAAACUUUUACACAGAGGUGAAGCAGAUAGAAAAGCGGGACUCUGUGUUGACCUCCACGCAGCAAAUAGAUAGACUCCUCAGGCCUGGAGCCUCCUAUUUCAACCUAAACCCAUUUGAGGUGUUGCAAAUCGAUCCCGAGGCAACUGAUACUGAAUUGAAGAAGAGAUUCCGCGCGCUCUCCAUUUUGGUACAUCCUGAUAAGAACCAAGAUGACCCAGACAGAGCACAGAAAGCAUUCGAAGCUGUGGACAAGGCAUACAAAAACCUUCUGGAUCCCGAGCAGAAGAAGAGGGCUGUGGACGUCAUCAGUGCUGGGAGGGAGUAUAUAGAGCAUACGAUGAAGGAAAAGAAGAAACAGCUGAAGAAGGAUGGCAAGCCAGUGUUUGUGGAGGAGGAUGACCCAGAAAUGUUCAGACAGGCUGUAUACAAGCAGACCAUGAAGCUUUUUGCAGAGCUGGAGAUUAAGAGGAAGGAAAGGGAAGCAAAGGAUAUGCAUGAAAGGAAAAGGGCGAGAGAAGAAGAGAUCGAGACGGCAGAAAAAGCAAAGAGAGACCGAGAGUGGCAAAAGAACUUUGAGGAAACGAGGGACGGUCGCGUGGACAGUUGGAGGACCUUCCAGUCCAAGGGGAAGAAAAAGGAGAAGAAGAAUCGGUCUUUCCUCAAGCCCCCCAAAGUCAAGAUGGAGCAGAGAGAGUGAAACAUCGUUUUAUAACUUCCAAAGCCGCCGCCACCACCACCACUGUCUGCAGGAAGGUCUUCAGUCGCCAUGCAGCUGUUUACGUGACAAUUUACCCCCCCAUCCAUCCCCCCUCUUAAGAAAUUUAGUUUUUUGAGGUUUCUAUUUUUUUUUAUUGUACACAUUUGUGAAUGUGGAACCUGUAUGAGAGCAUGAUGACAUUUGGCACAAAUGUAGGAGGGAGUGGGGGGCGCGGUUAUUCAGUAAUCAUUUCUCCUAUCGCACUGUAAUUUGUCUUGAUUUCUGUGGGAUGUCCUUUCAUAAUAAAGCGUGUAAAGCCUAUUUUGACGUGUUCUACGAGAUGAGUGGGAGAUGGAAUAUUCAAAAAGCCACAGGAUAUGGUUCCAUGAAUGUGAAUUGGGAUGGCAUCGUAGUGAAGGUGACAGUAUUUACUAAAUGUAUUUUUCUGAAACCAUGAGAUAUGUGUGUGCAGAUAACCUUGCGGAAUAUUCAUUUAUGGUUGGAUUUCACUACGUUUCCUUGAACUCCAAAGCAGCUCAACAUAAAACAAAUGGCGAUAAUGCAAUACUUGUCGGGUGUCUCGAUUAGUACUGGAUGUUAGAAUGUAACCUUUAGUGCUGUUAAAUAAAUACUAGGUGUUUUUUUUCA